CGGACAUUCUCCGUUUCGGUGCCCGGCGAUAUUUUGGGAGAACUGCCCUCGGGGGACCCUUCCACGUUAUUAUAAUCAGUUACGCCUGCCUGGUGCUGCUGAUCCUGGCCCUGCGGCUGACAGACACACAGGGGGAGGUGUUGGCCAUGUCGCUGGCCCUGGUUCUGGGCUGGUGUAACGUCAUGUUCUUCGCCCGCGGGUUCCCCAUGCUCGGACCGUUCACCAUCAUGAUACAGAAGAUGAUCUUCGGGGAUCUGCUCCGGUUCUGCUGGCUGAUGUUCCUGGUCCUGCUCGGAUUCACGGCAGCUUUCCACAUCACGUUCCAGACCCUGGAGCCAGACCUGUGGCCUCACUUCCGAGAUUUCAGCACCUGCCUCUUCACCAUGUUCCAGCUGUUCCUGGGGCUGCUCGACAUCCCCAUCAACUACGAGAAGUGGACGCCGGCCAUCAUCAAGGUCCUCUACGUCUCCUACAUGGUGUUCGCCUUCCUGCUGAUGGUCAACCUGCUCAUCGCCAUGAUGGGCGACACGCACUGGCGUGUGGCGCACGAGCGAGACCAGCUGUGGAGGGCCCAGGUCGUGGCCACGACCAUCCUCCUCGAGAGGCACUUGCCAAGGUUCCUGUGGCCGAGGGUGGGCAUCGAUGGGGAGAGCGUGGGUCUGGGCAACAGCUGGUACCUCAGAGUGGAAGAUCGUAUCGACGUGGGGGGCCAGAAGGUUCGACGUUAUGCCCAGCACUUCCGGCCUGCGGAGCAGGCAUCCCGCGAGAAGGGGCAAAGGUCGCCAGCGGGGCAGGGCUGGGAGAUCGUCCGUCGAACGGCUCUGCAGGGCGAGGGGCCCGACCGGGUCUAUCACGUGUGAACAGGGG